AGCCACGAACUAAAAGGGAUAUAACCACGCGCCCUCUAACACAAGAAACCGGUUUUCUAACUGCUUUAAAUACAGCUAAACUAAUGUCGUACACUAAAGUAGUACCAGCUCUAGUCAGGGCAAAUUCUGACAACAUCAAGAGAAUAUGCUUGUCUCAGGGGAGAUUUCGGUCCACGGUCGCAUCCACGAAACGUAAGGAGGUUGAAGGAGGGAAAGAAGAGCAGCAAGUUGAUGAGUGCACCGUGGUGAAAGCUGUUCAAGCUGACCUCAUCAGCCAAACAAAAAAUAACACCGAUGCUCAAAAACAGAAGAUCGCAAUCGACUUUGAUAAUACGCAUGAAGCAUAUAAAAGUAAAAAUAACAUUGAGCUGCUUAGAAGUCUGUUGGUCUUCAAGCUUUGCACAUUCGACUUCCUCGUUGACAAGAACAAGGAGGUACGGAUAUUAUUUUGAUGAGAUUGUUUUUGUUACAUUGUGGUUAGUAGUAGGUGUGGUUAGUAGAACUAUGAUACAAGCGAUAACAUUUUUGACUGUUAAAUAGACAUUAUUAAACAUUCAUGCGGAAAAACAAGAACAGCUUGUUAACAAGGGUCCAAGGGAUUCUCACAGUGAAAAAGUUCCAAUUCACUACUUUCAUUCAUUUGCUCUGCCCUCAUAUUUUAAUUUGCUUGACGCGCGACCCACGUGACUACAUAGCGCGCAAGUCAAGGAUGUUGAGAGGAUGGGCCCAAUUUUGGUUUUAGAAGUGGGGGGAACAUUUUUUAUUUCUUUUUAAUCCAGUCAGAUAAACACUCCAAAUAGCCUACCCGGCUGCUCGGAGGCGUCCGCAUGGUCCUAAAGCAUGUUCCCUCCAUCCCCAGUUAAAGUUGCGCCCCUGGAGACUACUCAUAUUUAGCCUCACAUUGAAGUGUUUUACCAUUUUUAUUUUAAGGACAACCAGGGCUACAGGUAGAACACAAAACAAUUUGACAUAAACAGUUGCAUUCAUGAGUUUUAUUGACAAAUGUCAAUAUCUAAAUAAGGUCCGCCAAGCAAAAACCUGAUUUAAAAAAAAAAUGCAUUUAUAAGAAUGCUGUAAAUACAGAAAUUGUUUGCUCAGUGGGAAAUGAAGAUCCAACUAGUAAGUGACAACUGUGUGGAGUUUGUGACAGCAACUAUGUGAGAUUAUUACAGUAUUAUAGACACUAUGUCCUGGGAUUUCCUAUAGUCUUCUAAUUAUUGUGUGGCUUGUGAGGUCGUAAAUAGUUUGCAGUUCAAACCGUUCGGACUUUACAGAUGUUUUUGUGAGAAGAACCGUCUUCGGGAUCCGGCCUUGUCUCAAACACCGCUGUAGCUCAGCCCUCAUUAAUUGCACAAGUCUGUAGCACAGAGACACAAUGUUUAAAAGGGUUUGGAAGCACUAAAUCACGCUGGCGUGAUUGUGGGACAAAGCGUUUCCUGACAUUUCCAGGUGUACAAGUAGCCUAGGCUAUCAUACCAUUUGCAUUGAAUUUUGUGACUGAAAGUUAAAUGUGCAUUGCACAUGAACCUAAGUCAAACGGUGGUGGUUUUCUCAGAUCAGGUCCUGGGUGGAUACAAUUAAUAGGCCGGGACGAUACCAGUAUCUCGAUACUCGUUAGCAUCGUGGCAAGGAAACAAAACAUGAAGCAGAUUUAACUUCUAGGAAAACAGCCCUAAUGUUGGAAACAAACAAUUGUGUUGUCAUCCAGAGUCACAUUUAUGUAUUUUCCAAGUUAUAGCUCACAAUACUUUACAUGGGUCUAACUCCGUUGAUUAUUUGCUCUGUCCUCAGUUGAUGGACCUCAGCAAGAAGGUGUUUGGCAAGCGGUUGUUUGAGAGGCUGAUGAAGAUGACGUUCUACGGGCAGUUUGUGGCUGGGGAGGACCACAACUCCAUCAAGCCUCUGAUCCAUAAGAACCAGGCCUUUGGUGUGGGGUCAGUCCUGGAUUACAGUGUGGAGGAGGACCUGACCCAGGAGGAGGCAGAGAAGAAGGAGAUGGAGUAAGUAGUCUCUGUCAUUCCUAGUCUAUAUCUCACAAACCCGGCCUCUAUAACUCUAAUAAAGGAUAUAGGGCUCAACACUUCAAACACAAGCUUCCACAUUUUCUAGUUUCAUAAGUUAUUGAUUAGGAAUCAUUUAUUUAUUUCUAGCUAUGUGCUAUAGAGUGAGAUGCCUAUACUGCUAACUCAGUGGCCACUAUGUAAACAUGUUAUGCAAUUGACCUAUGGCAAAAUGCCACUGUCAAAGUCAUCCUAUCUGAUCCAAUACUAUUUGCAAAGGUUAUGGGUUACAGUUUCAUAUGUUGCACUUUUCUCAGAUUUUAAUGUAGGUUCUCCCUGCUAUGUCUGUCUCUCUCCCUCUCAAACCCACAGGCCUACUCAUGUUUCAUAUUCAUAAAAAGCUGUGUUUACAGCUUCCCACCAGAUUUCUUUUUUCAUGCAUCACUUUCAGUAUCUGACGUUGCCCAGCAAUACCCAGACACUAUUGGUCAGUUCAGACACACCCCUCUCUCCUGAUUUGUUGAGGUGAAGGAGCACAUUUAUUCCAGUCCCUUUUGAGAAUGCAGUCACAUGAGGUGGAUUGAGACAAGCCAGCCUUGUUGGGUAACUUGACGCACUCUUUCGAAGGAGGCCCAGGAAGUGUUAUGUAAUGUGUUUUGGAAAACAGCCCCCCCAUGUUUGGUUAGGGAUUUUCUUAGAUGGGCUAUGCACACACUCAAGCUGAACUAACAGGCGGAAUACUGAAGAGGCCCAACUGAAUGGUUCCAAUUAAAGUGUACAUUUGAGGAAGGGGCUUGAGUCCAGCAGAAAUAAAUUAAAUGUUAACAUAAUAUGUUAUUAUGGUAUAUUUUGUGUUACAGAACGAUUCAGUGAUACAUACCAUUUAUGCAUACACAGCAUGCAUUUCGUUAUUAAAAACAUGUUGCGGUAAUCAUGUUGUGAACAAUAUUCUGCUGUCUCCAUCAACUCAACCAUAAGGAAAAUGUCCAUAUAUGACAACAUUGGGGUCUACAAAUCAUUGCAAGUUAUGGAACAGCCUAGAUGGUGCUGUGUACUACGUGGCUCAGUAUUUUGGGUUACCCAUCAGCCAGCUGCCACCCUCUCCAUCUCCUCCGGUUUGUUCUCAUGUAACAUCAUGAUUAGGGAAGGAGAUGCUGCAUAGCAAUGUCUCAGCAACAGGUCAAAGGUGAGCCAGGGGGUGGGGUGGUGGAUGGGAAUACAGUGAACGGGUUAGUGAUACCAUCAAAGGCAAACUUGGUAACAUUCUGGCCUUACCUCAUCAUUGCUGUGGAACUCUUCACAUGAGGAGACUAAUUUGCACCUUUAGAGCCAAACUACAUUGAUGGAAUAACACAUAACAUCCUCUCCUCUCUUGUUAAUAAUUGAAUGUACCAGAGAAAAGGAUUACUCAUAUUCACUGGAAUUGUUCACACAAGUAAGGCUUUAACACCCUCCUAAUGUGAUGAUGGUCCGUCCGUACAGGAUCAACUUGUUGUGAAUUCAUCAUUGUGGGAGUGUACCAGAGUUCUGGUCAACCUUUUUUUAUUAACUUUGGCAAAGGACAUGCUUUGAUUGACUUUCUGAAGUCUAUGGCUUCCAAACCUCCAGACUCAACUAAAGGAUGUUCAAAUUUCCAUUCAGAUUGUACAGUCAGCCUGUGCAAAUAUUUAUCUCCAGAUAAUAUUUAGUGAUGGUGUAAAAAAUUGAUAGUUACAUAUCGCGAUAUUAUUUUGGGAAAUUAUUAUAUACACAGAGUAUAAAAAAACAUUAAGAAUACCUGCUUUUUCCAUGACACAGACUAUCCAGGUGAACACUGUGAUCCUUUAUUGAUGUCACCUGUUAAAUCCACUUCAAUCAGUGUAGAUGAAGGGGAGGAGACUGGUUAAAUAAGGAUUUUUAAGCCUUGAGACAAUUGAGACAUGGAUUGUGUAUAUGUGCCAUUUUAGAGGGUGAAUGGGCAAGACAAAAUAUUUAAGUGCCUUUGAACGGGGUAUGGUUGUAGGUGCCAGGCAUACCGGUUUGUGUCAAGAACUGCAACUCUGCUGUUUUUUUUCAUGCUCAACAGUUUCCUUUGUGUAUCAAGAAUGGUCCACCAUCCAAAGGACAUCUAGCCAACUUGACACAACUGGGGGAAGCAUUGUAGUCAACAUGGGCCAGCAUCCCUGUGGAAAGCUUUUGACACCUUGGAGAUUCCAUGCCCCGACGGAUUCAGGCGGUUCUGAGUGCAAAAGGGUUGCACAAUUCAAUAUUAGGAAGGUGUUCCUAAUGUUUGGUAUACUCAAUGUAGAUAUUUGACUCCCAAGUAUCGAUUGUGAAAAAAUAAAUAAUACAACUCAAAUGUGCUGCUGUAGGUAGUGCUUGUCCGCUCCACCUGUGCCAAAACUCCAAUAUUUUUCAUCCUAUAGCUUGUUCUCUAUCUUCUUUUUAAAUAGUGAGCCAACAUGUUUUCAGCCCUUUUAUUUCCUUGACUGAUCAAAACUAGUUUUCUCAUGCUCUCUUGUCUCUCUGCAGCAGACAUAUAGUGAGCAAUAUGUUUGGGACAGCAAAUCGCAAUAUCGAAUCCCAAUACAUAUAGAAUCGUGAGAAUCGCAAUACAUAUUGUAUCGACACCUAAGUAUCGUGAUCGUAUCGUGAGGCCCUAAUAACAUUGAGCGAUGCAGCCACUGAGACAACCAAUAGCUCAAAAAAAUCAAUUCAGUAAUGUGCUAAUGAAAGAUCAUUAUCCUUCAUUUUAUUCAAACUUGGAUUGUAGAGUUGUGGAUCUAGACAGGAUCUUACUGGAUUAACCUAGGCCAUGUGUGAUGCACUGAGGUUUUGAAAUAGCCCCCCUUGUGACUCACAGUCAGCACUCUUUAUCAGAAGUCCACAACAGUACAAGAGAUCAAAUAGCAGGACAUUUGCACUUCUACAUAACGUUAGGCCCCCUGUGCUGCCAUGCGUACCAUAUAUAGCACAGUCAACAUAUUGGCAAACUCACUGGAUAGGUUGUGAAACGCUGAGCUCAAACUGAUAUUAACAGCACCUGCAUGUGGAGCCUGGCACAAAACGUGAUAAUCUUUAGCGCACGACCUUGAGUUAUGAAAUUAUAACUCAUAAUACAGUUCAAGACCUCAUCUUCCACCUCAUCUACUUACUUCAACAUGAUGUCCAACAUCUUAUAUGGUACUGAACACUUUUACAAUUAUUAUUUGUCGUUAUAGUAGUGGUGGCAGACUGGCAGUGAUAUUAGACCUAGUAGUGUUAUGUCAUGUUAAUUUGAUGUUUCAUAUUUUUCAGCUCCUGUGUGUCUGAAGCUGAGAAAGAAAGUCCAGGUGUGUAUUUGUUGAUGGAAACUGAUAAACAACUGAAAAUGAGUUUUCAUUUACAAUACUUUGAUUGACUUAAUGUGCACUUAAUUUGUUGUAGUGCCAACUAGUGAAUACUUCGUAACGCAGGAACAUGACUACAGUAAAUGUUACUACUUGAUAGAAAUGUUUUUAUUUCUGAUGCAUCAAGCCAUCUGGUUGGUGGAGGUGUGGGGAGUGAUAGCAGCGGGGUCACAUUGCCAAAAUGUCUGUUACUUCAGCAGUGUGCCUGAAUGCUAACCUCCUGGGUCUAUGCCAGCAGUCAUUUAAGGGUUGAUAUAGGACUCUUACAUGAGGUGACAUGAGAGUUUGCAUGGUUGAGGCAACUGGUUUUAUCUGGAUUUACUCUGGAGGCUAGGAGAGGGGUUAAGGAGGGCAGGUAUGCAUGUUAAGUUAGGAGAGCAGCUGAAACCCUGGUUCAUGUCAUGUGUUGCAUGUUUUGGGGCCCUGGACUUAAAUUUAUGUAACUCUCUCUCCCCCCAUGUAUUAUUUUCUGAGUGGCACUAGAUAUCUAAACAUCUAUUUUCUUUGACUUCUUUUGACUAAUUUUCCACAUUCCCAAGAAUGAUAUGGUGUACAUAUGGGUCAGUAUUUGUAUUAAAGAAGCACAUGCCUGCUCAAGCAUGUGUUUAUGCUGAUAUAUGCUAAGACUGAUGUUCUAAAGAAAAAGAUCUUCAGGUAUCUGUGCCAAAUUAGUCCUGCAGUAGAUUAUUUAGGUGAUGGUGGUGAGGGUCAUUCCUAUUGACACUAGGCUACUCUCCUGUCCUUUCCUGCCAGUGGUCGGUGUGGCUACUCUAGUCUAGAGGAAAGUCUGGUUGCCUAGAUAGAUGUCUCAUGUUGUCUUCUGAUUGUAGGCAUUGACCACCGUGAGAAGAAGUACAAGGCCCACCGUCAGUUUGGGGACCGUCGUGGGGGCGUGAUCAGUGCCAGGACCUAUUUCUAUGCUGAUGAGGCCAAGUGUGACAACCAAAUGGAGACCUUCCUGAACUGCAUCAAAGCCUCAGGUGAGCACACAAUAAAAUGCAGUGAAUUCAUAACAUUUUUCUAAACAUCCUUGAAAGGUCAAACUCAUUGCAGACUCUUUGCAGAUGUUAUUAUAUCAUGCAUAAUAGGAUUCUUAUGAUCUAUUUAUCAGUGGUGUUAUUGCUGCACUAAAUAUUAUGUUUUAUCUUUAUUAUUCCUCUCAGGGGGGGCCUCUGUAGAUGGAUUUUCUGCCAUUAAGAUGACUGCCCUGGGCCGCCCACAGUUCCUGGUGAGUAAGACCCUCUGCCUGUUAGACUCUCUCUUUUAGCCCUUGAUUUAACAUGGGCAGUGAUCGUGACAGAGUGCAGCUUUGUUUGUUUGGUUUUAUGACCUUUCUGCUGCUCCCCUCUCCAGCUCCAGUUCUCUGAGGUGCUGGUGAAAUGGAGGAGGUUCUUCAACCUGUUGGCAGCACAGCAGGGGAAGUCGGGCAUGCACGCACUGGAGCAGAAACUGGAACUGGAGCAACUGAAGGUGCGUGUCGCCUAGAGCAACACUCAAAGUAGAGAUGUGACUGCAGUCAAGCAGAUUCCCAGCUUAAAAAGCAGAUUAGCUUCUUUGAGACAAAAACACCUGUGGGGGGGGAAAAAAGGCUAGUGAUUCCCUAUUUCGUUAAUGUUUCAUCAGUAGUAGCCUAGUUAUCAAUAUUAUUACAUUUUUGGAAAUCAUUUUGUUUCCCGUAGGAGAGUUUGACUAAGCUGGGUGUUGGAAAUAAAGACGACAUUGAGAACUGGUUUACUGGAGAGAAACUGGGCUUAUCAGGGUAAGCGGUUAAACUCACCUGGAAUGCAUCAUGAGCACACAGACUAUCUACUAUUCAAUGGAUAGGAUGUGUGUACAGGACUGGAUUUGACUUUGAAUCUGCCAUUUUCAUGUUCCCCAGAACAAUAGACCUCCUGGACUGGAAUAGCUUGAUCAACGACAGAACAUCGAUCUCAAACCUGCUCGUCAUUCCCAACUUUGAGGUGAGCUAGCCACAUAUACAUAUACACACACACACACACACACACACACACACACACAUUUACAUACCCUUACAAUAUUUAACAUGCAGGUAUGCAUACUGUAUGCUAUCCACCUGAAUGUGUUUGUACACAAACUCUUGAAGUACAAGCUCAAAUCCAUCCAUCCAUGCAGUGUACAUACAGUAUAUGCAUGCAUACAUGAAUGCAUUUUGUAGUUCAAGUCAAAGUUUACCCUUAAUGAAAUGUCAGUUUCCGCUGGUCUUCUAGACUGGUCAGCUGGAGCCUCUGUUGAGGAAGUUCACUGUUGAAGAGGAGAAACAGAUGAAGAGGAUGCUGCAGAGAGUGGAUGUUCUGGCCAAGGUAAGGUGAUUCUAGAGUUCAAUAUAAGGCACUGUUGCCUAACAUGGUUUUACAAUUGAACAGUUGGUUAACAACAGUAUAUUGACCUAGCUGGUCACAUGGAUCAUGGGAUGCAGUAUAUCUCAAAUUUUACGGAGAAACUUAUCUUACUCUCUGCCCUGCCUCAGUGAGCAGGCCAUACCAUUCGUUUAUUGGAAAUAAACCUUUUGGCAAUUAGUUUUGUUUGUCAGAUUUACUAACUUAAAAAAAGAAUAAUGCAACUUCAGUAAUGUCGUCAUUGUUGGGAAAGGUUUGAAUUGUAAUUACCCUCCUCCAAUAGGAGCAAGAGUCUACUACUAUGACGUGUUGUAUCCAGAGUCUGUCUGUUCUGAAGUGAGUCUCUAUAGAUAAUUACAUUAUCAUGGCUGGACUAAAGGCAACAGUAGAUAGCAAUGGCCCAAAUGCUUCCAAAUGCUCAGAAAUAGAAAAGAAGGCAUAACAUGACCACUGAAAUGUUUCAAGUGAUCCAGACAAAUGUCUUCACUUUUGUGUUGAAGUAAAGCACCAUUUCUAUCCCAGGAGGUACCUAGGGUUAAAGCUCAGCAGGGGUUAACAGAAAGCUGUUGUUGCUUCUCGUAUCCCAGCAUGCAGUGGACAAUGGGGUGAGGCUGAUGGUGGACGCUGAGCAGACGUACUUUCAGCCGGCCAUCAGCAGACUGACCCUGGAGAUGCAGAGGAUCUUCAACAGAGAGAAGCCCAUCAUCUUUAAUACCUACCAGUGCUACCUCAAGGUGAGGCCUUGACACCGUUCUCAACACCCCCCAUCAUCUCUGGUUGUUGUUGUUCAUCUGCAUUUUUGUCAAGCUCGGGACUGUCGGGACUACAUGUACAAUCGCAUAGAUUAUGUAUGCAGGGAGGCCCUCUAUGUAUAGACUUGUCGUGCCCCUAGGAAUAGAGGACAACCGGUUUCAUAAGCCCUUUCAUAGUUAACCCAUAAAAGCCUUCCAUAUUUAACCUGUAAAAGACCAACCUACUAUAUAAACCUUUUAAACCUGCCAUAUCCAUGUUUAUGCUGCAUCUUUUUAGUUUUAUGAUAAGGUGUGUACACAUAAACCUGAUAUGAACAUAUCAAAUGAAAAUAACAUGACUGUGUUACUAAUUUAUCCUUUAUAAGAGAUGUUAUGGACACUCAGGUGACUUGAAUGGCAAUAUUUGUGUUGUUAACCAUAGCGUUAUAUAAUUGUGUGACCUAUGACUUAUACAGGAAGCGUAUGACAAUGUGUCUGUGGACGUGGAGCUGUCCCGGCGUGAGGGCUGGUACUUUGGGGCCAAGCUGGUUCGCGGCGCCUACAUGUACCAGGAGAGGAGCAGAGCGGAGGAAAUCGGCUAUGAGGACCCCAUCAACCCAGAUUAUGAGGCCACCAACAGAAUGUACCACAAGUAAGGCCCCUUACGUGCUCUGGUGUGAAGUUUCCCCUAGGGACAGAUCUAGGAUCAGCUUCCCUCCCCUAACCUUAACCAUUACUGUGGAAAAUGCAAAACUGACCUAAGAUCAACUUCACCCUACUCCCACUGGCGUUCUGUGUGACUUUAGUAAAUUGUUAUUUAAUUGGUUGAAUAAGGAUAUGCAUUAUGUGAUGAAAUCAUUAUAUCAGCUGAAUGGAUUAGCUGAAGUUCCUGGUCUUUUCCCUGAUCCUCUGAAGGUGUUUAGAGUUUGUGUUGGAGGAGAUCGACCACAACAGAAAGGCUAAUGUCAUGGUGGCGUCACACAACGAGGACACUGUCAAAUUCACCCUGGAAAAGUAAGGCCAGCCUCUGGGCUUUAUUCAAAUCAAGAGGCAGUUAGACUAAUUUAGGGUAGGACGUGCAUCAGCUAGUUAAUUUGUACAUACAUUUUGUUACACAAAGCACCAAACCAAUAGUGACACCACAUCAUAGAAACCAAAUGUAUUAUAUAAAUGCUUACAUCAGUGAGGUGAUGUUUAUUAUUGAGCAGUGUUAUGUUGUUGAAUAUUUACAACCCAUCUGUGUUGUUUCUGCAGGAUGAACGAGAUGGCUCUGUCCCCCACUGAGAACAAGGUCUAUUUUGGACAGCUGCUCGGCAUGUGUGACCAGAUCAGCUUCCCUCUAGGUACAGUAAUAUCAACACAGUACUGUAGAUUGUUGUUGCAUAAUCAAUGGGUUUAUUGGAGUUCAAGAUUUAUUGAUUGGCAUUUUAGUCUGAAAUUCUGAGAAAUCUUAGAGCCUCCAUACCACCGACUGAACUAUAGAUGACUGUGAAACAAACAACAACCUUAGGGUCUCACUCAGUCACCUGAUACCAUACCAUAGCUCUCCUUACACAUUUUGUUGUUAUAUAAUAUUGCUUUCUAUUGAUUUGCAAAAUUAGUUUAGAAACAUAAACGUUUAGACAAAAAUACCUCACAUGUAAUUAAGUUCUAAUGUUUUUUUGUGCUCGUGUGAAACGUAUUGCCUGUUGUAGUUUCUCCAGUCAUGUAACAUGUCUCACACUCCCUCUCCAUCUCUGUCUCUUUGUCUGAGAAUAGGCCAGGCUGGAUUCCCAGUGUACAAGUACGUCCCCUACGGCCCAGUCAACGAGGUCAUCCCUUACCUGUCUCGCCGUGCCCUGGAGAACCGGGGCUUCAUGAAGGGAUCCCAGAGGGAGCGCAGCCUGCUGUGGAAGGAGCUCAAACGCAGGCUGCUCAACGGACAGAUCCUCUACAAGCCUGUGUACUAACUGAGCUGACUGACUGUCUGGCACACCAGCACUCCGCCCCUUUAAAACAUUCCAGUGUCUUAACUGAACCUGCCCUGCGCACAAUGGAGGAACCCUAACUGCCACUUAAGUCGAAUUUUCACUUAGUCAUGCACUGAUGUGAAUGGGAGACUAAAGUGAAAAUUUUACUUACAGUAAGUGGAAGUUAGGAUUUACCCCUGUGUCUAGUACUGAGAUACAAUCCUAAUGCCAAUUGACCCCCUGUCUCUGCCUUUUUGCUCUAUUUAUUGCAGCUGAAAAUGUCCUUAUUAUCUAUGAUAAUCCUUAUCCACUGCAUUUGUCGUGGUACAGUGGCUUAAUCAGUGGUCUUUUAUGUAAAUAACUUAGUGGUCGUAUCAGUUUAACUGUAAAUUGAUUAAACUGUAGUUGACUGUAGAUUUUUUCUGGAUUUGUUUAGGCACCUAUUUAAUGUGUCCAUUGUCUUUGUGUGUUUCAUUUUGUGUUCAGAAAUGGUUUGUUUUCUUGUAUGUACAUGGUCCCGUGUGGCUCAGUUGGUAGAGCAUGGCGCUUGCAACGCCAGGGUUGUGGGUUUGAUUCCAACGGAGGACAAGUAUGAAAAAUGUAUCUACUCACUACUGUAAUUGAAUUUACCACAGGUGGACUCCAAUCAAGUUGUAGAAACAUCUCAAGGAUGUUCAAUAGAAACAGGAUGCAACUGAGCUCAAAAUGUGGAACAAAAUGGAUAAGAGCAUCUGCUAAAUGACUAAAAUGUAAAUGUAUAAUUUU